AUGCCGCAGAACGAGUACGUGGAGCUUCACCAGAAGCGUUUCGGCAAGGCGUUUGAUCAUGAUGAACGUCAGCGCAAGAAGUUGGCCCGUGCGCCGCAUGAAUUGUCGAAGAAGUGUCGGAAGACACGUAAGUUGAAGGCGAAGAUCCUGAAUCGAAAGCGGUUUGUGGAGAAGAUAGAAAUCAAGAAGAAAAUUCGGGCGCAUGAGGUGAAGGACGUGGAGGAGGCGGCGCCGAAGCCGGAGGGCGCGCUGCCCACGUAUUUGUACGACCGUGAGAAUGUGAAUCGGACAAAGGUGUUGACAAAUAUGUUGAAGCAGAAGAAAAAGGAAAAGGCGGGCAAGUGGGAGGUGCCUAUCCCCAAGGUGAAGGCUAUGUCUGAAGCGGAAAUGUUCCGGAUUCAGGCCAGCGGAAAACGGAAGCGAAAGAUGUGGAAACGGGUGCUCAAUAAAGUAUGCUACGUUGGGGAUGACUUUACACGGAAACCACCCAAAUAUGAGCGAUAUAUUCGACCAACUGCAUUGCGAAUGAAGAAAGCCAACGUCACCCAUCCCGAACUUAAGGCUACGUUCCAACUAGACAUCGUCUCUGUCAAGAAGAACCCCCAGUCACCUUUAUAUACCUCGCUCGGAGCCAUCACCAAGGGCACCAUCAUUGAAGUUGACGUCUCAGAUCUAGGCCUCGUCACCCAAACCGGCAAAGUUGUCUGGGCAAAGUACGCCCAGGUAACCAACAACCCCGAAUUAGACGGCUGCAUCAAUGCUCUCCUCCUCACGUAA